CCCCCCUCGGUUUAUUACGCGAGUUAUCUUUCACUAUCUCGCCUGCAGCUAAAUUCCAACAUACUUUGUUGGAUUUAACAUCAAAUGUUUUUGCUGCUAGAUGUGUUUUUAAUCACCUGUGCGCCGCAAAGGGAAAGCUUCGGAACCGUUUUAGCAAGCUAACAUGUCCACCCGGAGACGUGACGUCAUGUGGAGGAUUUUUUUGUUCAUAAACAUUUUUGACCUCCGCCAAGCACAUUGAAGUCGUCACAAAGGAAGAAGUUGAAGACACAAUCAGCCUGAGGGUGAGGAUUAAAAACCUUUGGACUUCUUCUGAGCUGAGAUACUUCUUUUGGAGCCUACGUGACUUCUGCGUUUUCAUUGGGAGUUUUCUGCUUUUACUUCGGCGUAUUAAUGCUCGUCAUGAGCGUGCCAGCCCCGCAGAAACCUGGUGCAAAAAGGACGGGCAAACGCAUCACGUUUUUCUCCGAUCAAGCCGCCGCCAUGAAGGAGGGCUCCCAGCAGCCCGAGGGGGCCUACUACGUCCAGGCGGGCGCCGCAUCCGCACCCGGGAAAGUCGAGCUUGCGAGCGGUGCCGCCUCUAACGCGGAGGCCCCUCCCCACGUGUACCUCAACUCCGUCAUCUUCAGCCCGGAGAAGGGCGACCAGAACCGGGGCCAUUAUCAGCAGACCGUCCCGAUGAAGUGGGCCCAACAGGAGCCCGGUCGGCAGCAGCCGUCGCUGUCCCAGCAGCAGAGGGCCGCCACCUGGACCACCAUGGCAAACUGGGGACAGACCUUCGCCAACUACCUGGGGGGUGUCAACGUGACGGACUCCAGGAACCAGGCCGCGUUCGGGAAGGCCGCGCAAGAAACGAGCAAAGCCGGGGACAAGCAGCCGGACGUCUACAGGGAGGCCGUCGAGGCUCGGAAUCUGGAGUGGGAGCAGCAACAGCCCAGUCAGGUCUUCCAGGAGACUCUAAAACCCGGAGCGCUGAACCCCCAGCCAAGUAACGCCUCCCACCAGGGGGGAAGCUCGGUCUUGCAGCCUUUCCAGUUAGCCUUCGGUCAGCCCAGGCAGCACCUUCCUGCCUACUACCAAACCUUCCAAGGCAACACCAGGCUCCCGAACCCGCCCAACUACUCGGUGCAGGACAAACCCCCCAAGCAGCUCAAGCGGGAACAUCUCAUCCAGCAGCAACUGCAACAGCAGCGCCUUCAAAUGCAACAACUUCAGCAGCAAAUGCAACAUCAGCAGUUGCAACAACAAAGCUCGCAUGUGCUGGACUAUUACCCCCCUGCUCCCAACACGCACCCGCACCCACAACCUGUGGUCCUUCUCUCCCAGGAGUGCACCACGUCCGCUCCCGCCAACAACAUCCCGGAACCGAUCAUCCAGGACAUCACCCCAGAGCCCCAGCAGUCCUCAGAUCCCUUCUCCCAGACGCAGCUUCUGCCGGAUACCUUGUCCCAGACGCAGCUCCGCAGGUCGCGUCGCCUCUCCAAGGAAGGGGGGGCGCCGUCGGACAGCGACCCUUUCCUCGUCGCCUCUGACCAGGCGGCCCCGGGAAUGCGGGUCCCCCAGAACGGAACCCGCGACGUCCCGGCCGCCCCGACCGGCGUCAUCCAGAGCACGCACAGGAAGCGCAGAGUCUCCCAGGAGGUCAACCUACAGACUUUGGCGCAAAAAGCGUCGGAGAUGGAGACGCUACCGUCACACGGCGUAAAGGAGGCCAACAGACCAUGGACUUCUUCUCAGCAGGGCCCGAACAGCAAGCGGCCGCGAGACGACAGCCUGCUCCCUCUCGUCAUCCCCGUGUCAGUGCCGGUGCGUCGCCUCGACCCCUCCUGUGGCGACCGGGCUGGAGCUGCUCCGGCAAGCGUCUGGCCGCCCAGGCCGACCGACCCGCUGGAGCUGGGCGGCGCCGAACGCAAGCCCUCGGUCAUCGUAACCCGGCGGCGCUCGCUGAGGAACUCCCCGUCGGAGAGCUCCGAGCAGAACGGCGGCGUGGAUUGCGAGCGGGACGACGACGCCAAACGGGUGAAGCGCCGCCCAAGGCCGGAGCCCCUCUUCAUCCCGCCGCCCAAACCCGGCGUGUUCAUCGCUCCGCCCCUCUACUCCAGCAUCACCCCCUACCAGAGCCACCUACGCUCCCCCGUCCGCCUGGCCGACAACGCCAUGCCGCCCUACACGCCGCCGCCCAUCCUCAGCCCCGUGCGCGAGGGCUCGGGCCUCUACUUCUCCACCUUCCUUUCCUCCGCCGGGGGCCUGGGGCCGCCCGCCACCCCCAAGUCGGCCACACGCAGCCUGCUGCGCUCCAGUAGCUGCGACAUGACGCCGCCGGUUCUCUGCGCCAUGACCGACGUCACGCCAGUCAGCAUUGAGCCACGAAUAAACAUCGGGUCACACUACCAGGCGGAGGUGCCAGAACUGAGGCAGCGCUCACUGGUGGAUCUGGACCCCCAUCAAGCGGAGCUGGUCUGGGAGCCGCCGACCCAUCUGGAGGACACGCCCGACUACCACAAAAGAGUCAAAGACCUCAUGCACCUGGCGUCUUCCAGCGCUUUCUGCGGAGGAGGCACCAACCAGGAGCUGGCGCACCAUUGUCUCCACCAGUGCAGGGGCGACAUCAUGGCCACUUUGUCUAUGCUCAUGCUGAGGAAUCCUCUUUUCCCCAAGUCCCAUUCUUUGUCCAACUACCACUACUCAGGUUCAGACAGCUGGUCGGCAGCAGAGAGACGUCACUUCAACAAAGGCAUCAGCGGCCACAAGAAGGACUUCUUCAUGGUGCAGAAGCUGGUGAGCAGCAAGACGGUGGCACAGUGUGUCGAGUUCUACUACUCCCACAAGAAGCACGUCAAGAUGGGACGUAACGGGACGGCGUUUUACGGCGAGGCCGUGAAGUCGGAGAUCCACGCCGACGUGACGACGGAGCACAAGGUCUCUCACGGUGACCAGCAGGAGGACAGCAGGAAGCAGGAAGAGUCAGCUGACAGGAAACAGGAAGUCGGCCCUCCCGGAGGCGGGCUCUUGCUGCCGUCCGUGGAGAACCUCACAACUGUCCUGAUCAUGAGAACUCAGGAUGACAUCAUCGAGAGAGAUAAGCCGCCGCCUCCUGGCUUGGGCUCCGCCCCUCGUCCACCCGCUCCCGCCCCCAAAAAGCAGCACAAGGACGGCGCCAGGACGGUCCCGCCCACGGCCAGCAAAGUCCCCGCCGGCCCCGAGGGAGAGUUUCCCUGCAAGAAGUGUGGCAGGAUCUUCUACAAGGUGAAGAGUCGCAGCGCCCACAUGAAGAGCCACGCCGAGCAGGAGAAGAAGGCCGCCGCCCUGCGCCAGAAGGAGGCGGAGGACCGUGCCGCCGCCGCCGCCGCCACUCAGGCCGCCACUGCCGCGGCACUCAUGGUCGCCCGGCAACAGAACGGAGUCCGGCCGGCGGGCGGAGACAGCGAGGACGACGACGCCUCGACGGACAGUGGCGAGGACGAAUACUGGCAGUGGCGAGGAAGGACAUGAGGUCUUUGAUGGCAUCUUCAGGGACACGUGUGUGUGUGUGUGUGUGUGUGUGUGUGUGUGUGUGUGUGUGUGUGUGUGUGUGUGUGUGUGUGUGUGUGUGUGUGUGUGUG